AUGAACUAACUCAGUAAAAUCUUUGAAAUUGUUGUUUAUAUUUUUGUUCAGUAUACUGUAUGUGUAUAAAAAAGAGAAAGAGGGGAAGGGAUAAUGGAGAAAUAAUUGCUUUUAUCAAGUGAGCGGAUCCUGAUUCUGAAAAGAUUGGAGUCAGCACAGUCUCCACACCCCCUGCUCUCCCCCGUCUCAUCAUCAGCAGAGGGGGCAGGCACUGUGCUGCAAUCCUCCUCUCUCUCUCUCCUUCAGACCGCUCUUUCCCUGAGUGCAUCAGGAGCCUGCAGAGGAGUUGUGGAGGAUGACUGGCGCUAUCAGGGGCACCCUGCUCUGGCAUGCUUGGAGGAUGCCACAAACCAGGAGAGGAUUUUGAGACGGAGCGAGAGAGCCUGUCAACCACUGGCCAACGCCAACACAGCACGAGAGAGAGAGACAGCGAGAGGAGGGGGGAGGUCCACCUUUACCAGAGAAGGAAGAAGAGCAAGGGAGAAAAAAUUAAGUGAGAGAGAGGAAGAAUGUGAAAGAAAGGAAAAAUACCAGCCAGCGCAAAAAACAGAGAGAGCCAAAAAAGAAAAUGGUGCAUGAAUAAUAAGGGCAACUUAACACCCCCCAGAUUUGACUUGACAAUCACUCUCUCCAGCCAGCUGCUCUGAAAAAAAGAGGGGGGAGCAAGUGAGAGGGCUGGCCGAGGGAAGGAGAGAGGACGAAAAGAGCAAGAUGACGGAGUGAAGCGAUGGAGAGGAUCAGAUGUGUGUGAAUGAGUGAUGGUCUUGACGAAGAUCCAUACAGGAUCAAAACUGUGUCCUUCCAUUUAGCCCUCAUUAUGCUCCCCCACGCCCCGUUGGCCUGCCUCUUCCUGCUCCUCCUGUUGGGGGUGCUGGGGGGGCUGGUCCUGUCCAUCUGCCCCGCCGUGUGCUCCUGCAGCCGGGGACACCGUGUGGUGGACUGCUCCUCACGGCACCUCUCACAGCUGCCCCCAGGCCUGCAGCACAACAUCCGCUUCCUCAACCUCUCACACAACAGCCUUUGUGGUCUGGACGACCAGCUCAGCCACUACGCCCACCUGCGUACCCUGGACCUGUCCUAUAACCUCCUGGGUCGCUUCCCCUCCGGCCUGCCCAGAGCCCUCUGGGACAUCCGGGCCGCUGGCAACCAGCUCCGAGCCCUGGACAAGAAUGACACAGCCUACCAUUGGAACCUGCGGGUACUGGACCUGUCAGCCAACGAGCUGGAGAGGGUGGUCUUCAUCAACAACACCCUACCCAGCCUACACGCCCUAAACUUGAGUCACAACCGGUUCUGGACCGUGCCCACCAACAUGCCUCAUAAUCUAGAGAUGGUGGAUUUGGCCCACAACUACCUAGUUCAGAUACUCCUGGGAUCAUUGGACCGGCUGCCCAGGCUGAGGAGGUUCUACCUGCAUGCUAAUCGCUUCUCCUGGGUGCCGGAGGGGGUAUUUGACCGGUUGGAGGGGCUCGAGAUCUUGACACUUGGGGAUAACCCUUGGGCUUGUGAAGAGGAGGAGAACAUCACACGGCUCUUGCUCUGGGCCAAACACACCCGUGCCGCAGUGUUGGGCUGCCCCUGCUACACUAGGCCAACAUGUGGGCAAGCCCAUCUGGCCACUCCAGGAGGGGAGUGGCACUUUAUGUCCCACACAGAGCCUCCGCUGGGGGCUGAUGCCAGAGAGCUGGGCCGUGGAGGCCUCACACCGGAUAGAGCUGCAGUCGUCACUUCUGGGUACUUGGCUAAGUCUGCGUUGUUGGAGCCUGGGACGCAUGGAGACAGAGGGUCUGCCAACAGCUCGGGGGAUCAGACAUUGUUUGUGUUCAUCUCCACCCCCUUGCACGGCCUCUCCACACGCACAAGCACUACAGGGCAGCCGCACUCUGCCGCCAAGAAGAAAAACACAGGAAGCACACAGAGCAGAAGCCACGGAGUCCACACACCAAUCCUGUAUUCUGUAGUCACCUGGAACCUUCUAGUCACGGUGACUGCCUUCAAAGCCUUCUAAACCCACCCGUUGUCAGUACUAGAGUCAAGUCUUUUGGAGAGGGAUAACCCUAUGUACGUAUGACCCAGAAUGUAAAAGGGAGAAGUGUGUUAUUGUUUUCAUUUUAAAGAACAACUUUCAACUGUUACUGCCUAAA